AUGGAUGAUUAUAAGAUUGUGCUUGAAACUACACCUGCUGUAGAUCAACGCGUUUUCAAUAAGCCUGCUGUGUCACAAGUAGGAGCUGUUUGGAGUGAGAGUUCAGAUUUUGAACAUCUUAACUCUAAACAUAUACAGAUUUACAGAAAAAACGGUCAAACACAGAUUGUUAAGCAUUAUUUUGCUUGUCAUGAUUCGUUGCAAUAUCCUCUUAUCUUUGCAAAUGGAGAACUAGGUUGGCAUCCAGGGAUUGAGAGAAUGCGUCGUCCAGAUAGAGGCAAUAAUAGACCAGUUAUCUGCGAGGGAGAAACUAUUAUAGCUACAACUACAGCAACGGCACCAAAUGAUAUUAUUGAUGCAGAAAAUAGAGGCAGAUUGCUACAACAAUACGUCGUCGAUAUGUAUGUUAAGAUUGAGUCAAUUAGAUUAGAUUUCCAUAGAGGGAGGAAUAAACAGGCUCAGCUUCGAACCGAGAUUUAUCAAGGCAUAGUUGAUAGUAUUUCGAGUGGUGAAUCAUCAUCAUCAAGUAUUGGUAAACGUAUUUUCCUUCCAACUUCAUUCAUUGGUGGCCCUCGAGAUAUGUGGCGACGAUAUAUGGAUGCUAUGUCUUUGGUUCAGCGAUAUGGGAAACCGAACAUCUUUUUGACAGUAACUUGUAACAAGAAUUGGCCUGAGAUUCAAAAAUUGCUUCUGCCAACUGAUAAGGUUGAGAACAGGCCAGAUCUAAUAUCUCGAGUCUUCUAUGCAAAACUUAAACAAUUGAAAGAUGAACUUCUAAAGAAGAAUAUAUUUGGAAAAAUAGCAACUUACACAUAUGUGAUUGAAUUCCAGAAAAGAGGUCUGCCCCACGCUCAUUUCUUAAUAAUUCUGAAACAAGGAUGGAAGAUGUACUCUCCCGAAUCAUAUGAUCGCAUAGUAUGUGCUGAGUUGCCAGAUGCUAACCAGCAUCCUUAUCUUCAUGAGCUCGUUGUUAAGCAUAUGAUGCAUGGUCCUUGUGGUACUAUGAAUCCAAACUGCCCAUGCAUGAAACAACACAUUGGAUGCAAGGAUAAUUAUCCUAAGGAGUUUACAGAAGUCACGCGGCACAGCCACAACUCCUACCCUCUCUAUCGAUGGCGAGAUUUUCAGCAAUCAAUAAUUGUUCGUGGCCAUCCUCUUGAUAAUCGAUGGAUUGAGGUAUUGCCAAGUUUGUUACACAAAUGA